AUGGUUGGUUACAAUCGCGUCAACCCGUUCUCGCCGCUGGAGAAUCCGGGGAAUGGGAGACCACAACCAACAGCACCAUAUAAUGGCGGGGUACCACAACAAGGAGGUUAUUUUCAAAGUCCAGAGGUGUAUUCGCAACCGUUCCAACCGUAUCAUGGAGAUCUAGGUUCUCCAGAGUACGAGAUGCACCAACCACCACGUCCGGGGGUACAGAGCAAGCAGCGGAGCCAGCAGUCGAUGAAUUCUGAAUAUUCAACCUCUUCGACCAUAUUUCCUUCCAAGCCGAGUCCUGGCACAAUCGAAACUCAAUCCUUCCUCUCCGAUCCCAUGCACCGAAUGGAUACCAGCUUCAACGCGAAAGAUGUGCCGUACAAAGAUCCUCACGCGAGACAAUUCAGAAUGAUAUUAUUGGGCAUGUCUACGAGAUGGUUUGUGACUGCCGGUCUAUGCGCUGCCUUCGUCGUUUCGACAAUACAAUGGAAAAAGAAGGGAGCUCAGUCGGAAAGUCAAAAGAAGCUAUUUAAUGCUGUCACCACGGGAAUCAGUAUCUGCUUGGGUCUAAAUAUUGCGAGUGCGUUCAAGGAUAUAGCUUUGAAUAUGCGAUGGGUGAUUCUUGCGCAGAAGAAGAGAUCGCUGAGAGAGGUCGAUCUGAUUCUUUCGAUUGACAGUAUGCUCAGAGUCGCGAAACUAGUCUUCAUAUCUGGAAAGCCAUGGGUUAUCCUCGCUGGAUCAGCUUGGCUUUUCAUCAAUAUUCUUGCACAAGCUGGUAUAGCUAUGAUAAGUUUGACCUACGGCUGGGAAGUUGCGAAAGAAGGCGUGCUCAUGAAUUCGGGAGAUGUCACCAUUCCUCUAAUGGAUCAUUACUACCCACAAGGAAAAACUGCGGCCGAAGCGAAUACCAUCAUGAACCAGGAUGAGGCAUACACUGCUCAUUUGUACGGGGGUUUGAUAGGUAAUUACGGCACCAAUAAAUCCGAGGAAAGGCCAAAGCCAGGAACUAUGAUACAAAUGAGCGGCGGUAUGGUAUAUCGGUCUCCAAAGGAAAAGAAAUCCACCUUGCCCUUUAUUGACUCUCCUCCUGGUGUCUCCACCGCAUAUUCCGAAUACUCCAUCAUCACCGAGAGAGAAAUAUCGGCAACGUACUCGUGUAGCUCACAUGUUGUUACAGCAGGUGGUAAUGGAACGGCAAAUAAUAUCACUGUUGAAGGCCUGGGAGAAAUUUUCGUCUCGCACAAGGCGCCAAAUUCGACGACAUUUUUCACCGAGAAAGAUGGAUCGGUACGCAAUGUUUGCGACGACACUCUUCGUUGCUCCGUGGUUCAAGCAUUCGAAGCGUCGCCAGAAAAAGCUUGGUACUACACCUGCAACAUUACGGUUGCAAAAACGGAACAUGAUCGACUGAACAUUUCUUGGAUCUCGGAUAAUAUGGCUAGUAUUGCCGGAAGUUCUAUUGCUCAAGUAGGAUACACGGAUGAUGGUCAAGAAGCUCAGAUAUAUCCUCAGGGCAGUAUAUGGGGUAGUCCACAAGAGGGAAAUUCGGACAACAUUGGAGAAUUAGUUUCUAUUUAUGCGCUUGGCUCUUUGGCAAGUGCAACGAUUUUUAAUCCCGUUACGACAUAUCCCGGGUCGGCUCCUCAACAAGGAACGUCAUUACAGAUUGGACAUCGGAUCUCUUUUUUGAUGAUUCUGGGAUUAAUCUGUGGCUGUCAUCUUUUAUUUGUGGUGGUCGUUGCGAUUCUUGCGAAUAAAGCGAAGAUUGGUCCGGAUACGCAUCUGGAAAUGGGGUUGUUGCUGAGACCGAUCGCGGAUCAGCUUGAGGGUGUGAGGAGUAAUGGCAAGGCGAAUGAUGCUUAUUAUAAAGUACUGGUUACGAGUAAGGCGAAAUAUGAACGGUCGGUCAAUGAUCGGUGGAUUUUGAAGACGAGUUGA